AAAUCGUAUGAAUUGAAAGAGAAGGAAAAUCAUAAGAAAGAAAUCACAGCUUUGAAGCAAGAAAUGGAAAUAUUUAAGAAAUCAUAUGAAUUGAAAGAGAAGGAAGAUCAUAGACAAGAAAUUGCAGCUUUGAAGCAAGAAAUGGAAAUAGCUAAGAAAUCGUAUGAGUUGAAAGAGAAGGAAGAUCAUAAGCAAGAAAUCGCAGCUUUGAAGCAAGAAAUGGAAAUAGCUAAGAAAUCGUACGAACAUCACACCUUAGAAAUGGAAAAAAAGGCUACAGAAUCUCAACAAGAGCUUGAAGAGAAGUUGAAAGAGGCGACGAGCCUUUUGACAGAAUCAAGAAAUAGGAUAAAGGAACUUGAGACAUUUUGUCAAUCAAAAUCGGAGAAUUGGACCAAGAAGGAGCAUAUUUACCAAAUAUUUACAGAAUUCCAGCUAGGCGCACUUCGUGAACUAAGGUUUUCUUCUCAGUCAAUAAGGCAAGAAGUUGUAAAAAAGCUAUGCAGAGGGAUUCAAUCAACUAG